GGGCUGGGGAGUUGGGCUGUGGAGUUGGUGGAAAGUGACAAGUUGGGCGAGAAGAGAGAUCGCUGAGAGCUGGAGGAGCGGCGGCCGAGAGAGCCCGGAGACCGCAGCCCCAGGCACAGGGCACGCUCUUCUGGAGUCGGAGCCAGAGACACACGGUGCGCUAGAGCGACUCGGAGAGCCUGGGACUGAACGGCCGGCCGAGGCAGGGCUGCUGCGGAGUACCGGGAGGAGCCGCGCUCCCAGGUCCCGGGCGGCCGAGCGGAGGCGAGGGAGCAGGUCAGGGGGACAAAGAGUUUUGCAAAGGCCCCCCAGUGUCCUGCGAGUGCCUGCGGCACGACGAGGUGGCCAGGAGCCCUGGGCGAACCCGUGGAUGUUCUGCGCGCCGUCAGGGAGCCGCCAGCACCGCCACGAGAGGAGGAAUGCACCGGCCGCGCCGCCGCGGGACGCGCCCGCCACCGCUGGCGCUGUUAGCCGCGCUGCUGCUGGCCGCACGCGGGGCUGCUGCCCAAGAAACAGAGUUGUCAGUCAGUGCUGAGCUGGUGCCUACCUCAUCCUGGAACACUUCAAGUGAAAUCGACAAAGAUUCUUACUUAACCCUUGAUGAACCAAUGAAUAACAUCACAACAUCCCUGGGGCAGACUGCAGAACUGCACUGUAAAGUGUCUGGGAAUCCACCUCCCAGUAUCCGCUGGUUCAAGAAUGAUGCACCCGUGGUCCAAGAACCUCGUAGAAUCUCCUUCCGGGCAACCAACUAUGGCUCUCGACUGCGGAUUAGAAACCUUGACACCACAGACACUGGUUACUUCCAGUGCGUGGCAACAAAUGGCAAGAAAGUGGUUUCUACCACUGGAGUCCUGUUUGUCAAGUUUGGGCCUCCUCCGACUGCAAGCCCAGGAUCCUCAGAUGAGUAUGAAGAAGAUGGAUUCUGUCAGCCAUACCGAGGCAUUGCGUGUGCACGAUUUAUUGGCAACCGCACCGUGUACAUGGAGUCUUUGCAUAUGCAGGGGGAAAUAGAAAAUCAGAUCACAGCUGCCUUCACCAUGAUUGGCACCUCCAGCCAUUUAUCUGAUAAGUGUUCUCAGUUCGCCAUCCCUUCCCUGUGCCACUACGCCUUCCCAUACUGUGACGAAACCUCAUCUGUCCCAAAGCCCCGUGACUUGUGUCGUGAUGAAUGUGAAGUGCUGGAAAACGUCCUGUGUCAGACAGAGUACAUUUUUGCCAGAUCAAAUCCCAUGAUUUUGAUGAGGCUGAAGUUGCCAAACUGUGAGGAUCUCCCGCAGCCGGAGAGCCCGGAAGCUGCAAACUGCAUACGGAUUGGUAUCCCCAUGGCGGAUCCUAUAAACAAAAAUCACAAAUGCUACAAUAGCACAGGUGUAGACUACCGGGGAACCGUCAGUGUGACCAAGUCAGGGCGCCAGUGCCAGCCAUGGAAUUCUCAGUACCCACACACACACAGCUUCACCGCCCUGCGUUUUCCGGAGCUCAACGGAGGUCACUCCUACUGUCGCAACCCUGGCAACCAGAAGGAAGCUCCCUGGUGCUUUACCUUGGAUGAAAACUUUAAGUCUGACCUGUGUGACAUCCCAGCAUGUGAUUCCAAAGAUUCCAAAGAGAAGAGUAAAAUGGAAAUCUUGUACAUUCUGGUGCCAAGUGUGGCCAUUCCCCUGGCUAUUGCCUUCCUCUUCUUCUUCAUCUGUGUGUGCCGAAAUAACCAGAAGUCUUCAUCACCACCAGUCCAAAGGCAGCCAAAACCUGUCAGAGGACAAAAUGUGGAGAUGUCCAUGCUGAAUGCAUACAAGCCCAAGAGCAAGGCUAAGGAGCUGCCUCUUUCUGCUGUGCGUUUCAUGGAAGAAUUGGGUGAAUGUACCUUUGGAAAAAUCUAUAAGGGCCAUCUCUACCUCCCAGGCAUGGACCAUGCGCAGCUAGUGGCUAUCAAAACCUUAAAAGACUAUAACAACCCCCAGCAGUGGACAGAAUUUCAGCAGGAAGCCUCUCUCAUGGCUGAACUACACCAUCCCAAUAUUGUAUGCCUCCUCGGUGCCGUCACCCAGGAACAACCUGUGUGUAUGCUCUUUGAGUAUAUGAACCAGGGAGAUCUCCACGAGUUCCUCAUCAUGCGAUCCCCACAUUCCGAUGUCGGCUGUAGCAGUGAUGAAGACGGGACGGUCAAAUCCAGCCUGGACCAUGGAGAUUUCUUACACAUCGCAAUUCAGAUCGCAGCUGGCAUGGAGUACCUGUCUAGUCACUUCUUUGUACACAAGGACCUUGCAGCUCGCAACAUUUUAAUUGGAGAGCAACUACAUGUAAAGAUUUCAGACCUUGGGCUUUCCAGAGAAAUUUACUCUGCUGAUUACUAUAGGGUGCAAAGUAAGUCUUCACUGCCCAUCCGCUGGAUGCCCCCUGAGGCCAUCAUGUACGGCAAAUUCUCCUCUGAUUCCGAUAUCUGGUCUUUCGGGGUUGUGUUGUGGGAGAUUUUUAGCUUUGGACUCCAGCCAUAUUAUGGGUUUAGUAAUCAGGAAGUGAUUGAAAUGGUGCGGAAACGACAGCUCUUACCAUGUUCUGAAGACUGCCCACCGCGAAUGUACAGCCUCAUGACUGAGUGCUGGAAUGAGAUUCCUUCCAGGAGACCACGCUUUAAAGACAUCCACGUCCGGCUUCGAUCCUGGGAGGGCCUCUCUAGUCACACCAGCUCUACCACCCCCUCGGGUGGAAACGCCACCACGCAGACCACCUCCCUCAGUGCCAGCCCUGUGAGUAACCUCAGCAAUCCCCGAUUUCCCAAUUACAUGUUCCCGAGCCAGGGGAUUACACCACAGGGUCAAAUCGCUGGUUUCAUUGGCCCAGCAAUACCUCAGAACCAGCGCUUCAUCCCCAUCAACGGAUACCCAAUACCUCCUGGAUAUGCAGCCUUCCCAGCUGCCCACUACCAGCCUGCAGGGCCUCCCAGGGUGAUUCAGCACUGCCCACCUCCAAAGAGUCGGUCCCCAAGCAGCGCCAGUGGCUCGACCAGCACUGGCCAUGUAGCCAGCUUGCCCUCAUCAGGAUCCAAUCAGGAAGCAAACGUUCCUUUGCUACCCCACAUGUCAAUUCCAAAUCACCCUGGUGGAAUGGGUAUCACUGUUUUUGGCAACAAAUCUCAAAAACCCUACAAAAUAGACUCAAAGCAACCAUCUUUGCUUGGGGACUCCAAUAUCCAUGGGCACACCGAAUCUAUGAUUUCUGCAGAAGUGUAAAAUGUGUGACUUUUGUAAAUACACUAUCCCGGAAAAACUAGAAGGUGGCAGAAAAGAUUUAUAUUCAAAUGUUUUUAUUGAAGGUUCUCAUUUAGCAGACAUUGCAACCAGUAUCUUCUGUGAAGUUUUAACUGUGUCUUACGGGAAAGACACCAGCCAGAAAAACUAAUGCAUUGUGGGAUUUACGCUCCAUCAGGGUGUAGGAUAUGUUGUCGGGAACAAACCAUUUAUUUCAAGGACUGAAAACUGCAAAGCCAAUGAAGAGGAACAGAACAUAGUAAUUAAAUAGCUAACCAAAAAAGAAAGUCCAAUGGUGCUCUCUCUGUGUGUUGCCUUUGGUCACCAUGACUGAUCUACCCCCAAAAUGUACAUACUGUAGCAUUUGUCUACCUGCUGUCUCUACUUCAGGACAGAUGUUCAGAAACUAUGUUGAUUCAGCUUAGACUCUAGGCAUGUUUGAAUGGAAGUAGUGUUUAGUACCACAGAGGGAACUUUAGGCUACAUUUUAAAUCUCAUAGAAAUGAGCCAUCCAGAUGAGUCAUGUUCACAGAUGUCCUCUCAGUAGCCAGGUUUCUCCGAGAUGGUGUAGAGCAUCUCUGUGUGACCUUCCUCUUCUCACGAAGGCCUUUGCCACAGUCCCCUUUUCUACAAUAUGUUUACACAGGUCCUAGAAAAGGUGGAUUUGGAUGCUGGAAAUGGUCGUGGAUUACCAUUUAGGUUAUUGCUUUAGGAAUGGGGCACCCAAGGAGGCACAGUCAGGAAAAUGGUCCCUCAGCCUGGAUCAGUAGCCAUUGAAGAAGAACAAGGAUUGCUUCGCUGCUCUUUUAGUCGGCCUCUAUAGGAGCAUCCCUGGAUCAUUCUUGCUGCAAACAGUGUGAUGCUAGAGACAAGCAUAACCACACGCAUGCCUUGUGGCUUGUUUACAGGCUGGCCCAGGUCUCAGAAGUGCUUACUAUCAGCAGACAAUGAGCAGGAGGAGACCCUGUGAUGGUACCAGAGGCUAGUAAAUUUAAACUCUCAGUGCUUUUCCUGGAGAUGUUCACCAAUUAUAUUCCGGCACUAAGAAUUGUAACAUUGUAUUCAUAGAGCUAGCUGAAAUCCAAAGACAAAACACCCUAUUUCGCAAAGCAGAUGUCUAAAAACAUGCUGAGUUCACACAAAGGUUACAAAACUCCAAAUUCCUUAACUUGGCAAACAAGCAAUUUGGUCCUUCUUGCCUUCCUCAAGGGGUGACAUCAAGUGUGCCCAUCCUGGCAUUUAUUUGCCAACCACCUUUUACCAUGUUUAGAAUCCUUGUGAGAUUCAAGUUCUACAUAGAAAGGAAUUUUUUUAUUUGAUUUUUCUUUUGUUAAAAAAAAAUAACUCCUUUAUUCUAAGAAAAAAAAAAGUCAGCAAGUCUUGCUUUUAUUUUAAAGCUAUAGAGACGUAUAAGAUGCACAAUAAAUGCUAGAAAUAUUUCAUGAGGGGAAUUUAAGAGUUAGGAAGAUCCUGAUGUUUCUGCUUUUAAAGGUAGAAUUUACAUAAGGGAUAAAGGAAAUCUGCCUACCAAAACGUGCCUACGUUUUACCAAGCAAGCAUGAACUUAUAGGUACUGUGAACUCAAAAGAGUUGGCUAUAUUCAGAUUUACUGAGCAAUAAAUUUAGACCUAUUUUGUGGCGCGAAUAAGCUGAUUCUAUGUAACAUUUCUUCAAGUGGAGUAGAGGAGAAGAUUUGUAUCCUUUUGUUGCUAUGCAACUGUUUAGUGAUGACGCCUCAAACCACAAUUCUAUAUAUCAUAUGACAAUCAAUUGUUUUCCAAGAAUAUUUAUUUUUAGUAAACACAGUCUCAGUGAAUCUGAGUUUUCAAGGAGUCCCUUAAAGGGGGACUAGCAUUCCAUGAGCCAGUAAGAUACCUUCUCUGGAAAGUCAUUUUUAUGGUUAAAAAAUAAAUAAAUAAAUUCAACUUAGUUUUUUAUAAAGAACUAUAACAUUUAUUUUUAAGCCUUUUUAUAAUAACUGAAGCCAUUAAGGUGAGCAAACUGAAUCUCAAAACCACUUGUUAUAUUGUAUUAAAACAGCACUGUGGUUGCUGCCGCACGCAGCCUCUUUUGUACUAAAAGGUACCCUUCUCCACAAGCUGAACAAAAAUCUCUUUCCCUUUGUUGACAAUGUUUUUUUUUUUUGGUAAGGUGAUUUUACUGUCAGUUUUUUUUCCUCCGCACAAAACUGUUAAUGGUUGGUAUCACGGAAGUGAAAAUAUAUCUGCAUUUUUAUACCUGGUCUGUUUUUCUUAUUUCCUUUACUUACUUUUAACUCAGUGUAGAUUUUCUUCACCUAUGUAAUGACAAUGUUCAGGUAGCUCACAUUGCCACAUUUUUCUUUAGCCUCACUGCAUGCAUUUAAUCACUGUAUCGCUUAAUGUUUGAUUUGUUCUUGUGGGCAUUCCAAAGAGACAAGCAUGGACUUGUAAUGACCAACACACUAUUUUAUAUUGAGGAUAUAUGCAUUUGUAUUUCACCACCAGAGAUGAUAUUAAACACUGAUUAUUUUAUGCUGCUGUUUA